AUAAUCUUGCAAGUCCAUGUCCAGGACGACUUGAAACCCUGGAGUUCGAAUGUCAUUGUCCCCCAAAUGGAUGUAGACGCUGUCAAGCAGGUGUCGUUGGACUGGCACCUUCUUCUGAAUGAAAAAACGAGUGCUUUUGUUAUGCAUGGUGAGCAAGGACCGGAAAACAUCACGAGGAUAGAUGCCAAAAAGGAUCUGGGUAUCUGGGUCUCCUCAAACUUGUCCUUCUCAAUGUAUCAUGAGAAACAAGCCCGAAAGGCAUCCGCCUUUUUACGGAUGAUCCGACGCACUUUCUACCGUAUCACUCGCAUGGACUUCCAAAUACUCUAUGGGGCCUACGUCAGGCCGCUCUUGGAGUACGCCAACCAAGUUGUCUGCUCAGGACGCACGAAAGACGUCACCCUCAUUGAGCACGUCCAGCGAGCCGCCACGAGAAUGGUUGCCGGCCUCAAAUCCGUGGACUGCGAAACGCGUCUCGCAAUGCUUGAUCUCUUUCCCCUGGAGUACCUUCGCCUCCGAGGGGACCUAAUUCUUACUUAUGCCCUGUUUGACCAAAGCUUGGCUAACAGGUUUUUCACCAUUGAUCCAGGAAACAUGGCGGGGACAUACUCUCCGCAUCUUGUGAAUGUCGAGGAACGAAUACGUAUUGGUGGAAGACCUGUAUCAAAGGAGCAGUUUGCCCAACUAUUCUGGGACGUGCAUGAAUCAGUGAAGCAAGUUGCGUCGACUGAAGAACUGAAACCACCAUCCUAUCUGCAGUACAUCAUCCUCAUGGCUUGCAAGGCCUUUGUAGAGGAAAAAGUCGACGCUGCAGUCGUGGAAGUCGGACUUGGCGGUCGUUACGAUCACACCAACUUUUUUUCAAAUCCCUGUGUCACUGUCGUAACGAGCCUUAGCCUCGAACACACUGAAGUUCUUGGGAAUACGAUUGAAGAGAUCGCGGGGAAGAAGGCUGGGAUCUUCAAGCAUGGGUGCCCAGCCAUCGUGUCUGAUGAUCAGACGGAUGGGGCCAUAAAUGUGUUUCUAUCCGAGGCGUCCAAAAUCGGUUGUCCACUCUACAUCUGCCCUCGUUUUGAAGAGCUCUGCGCAGAUAACCCGCAGGUAAAAGCGAAGGUUUUAGGUACCCUUCAUGCCACUUAUCCUUCGGAUAACUCACACUCCGUUCGUACCCGCAACAUGAUACUUGGUUUGGCUGCCGUUCAUAUUUGGCUACAGCGACGCCGAGGAGUUCAGUUCUCUUCCGGUUUACAACCUCCACUUCGAUUCAAACUGGAUACGCAUCAAGUCGAAAGUGCUUUGUGUGCACGUUGGCCCGGGCGCUGGCAGACAGUCGUUCGAAAAAAUGCAACUUACUUUUUGGAUGGAGCUCACACGAACGAAAGUGUUCAGGUAUUCGGAUGUUUGAACUUUUUGGUGCAGUGUCUUGACCACGCUCAACUUGAGUUUGUGUAUGAAUUUUGUUGUUCCACACCACUGGCGCGUGUACUCAUCUUCACCGUCUUGGGUCCGCGCGAUCCAGAACCGAUGUUGAAAGCUCUGAAGUCCACCGUUAAACCUGGUUUUGAUUUGGCGCUUUUUGCUAACCCACAUGAUGGGGAGUUUGUCAUUUUGCCAAGUAAACAGUCGAUGGAUGCGCGAUGCUUGACCGUGUGGAAUGAACUUUGCGCACGCGAACCUGCCGACAACCUCUCGGUUCCAGCUUAUCGUAUCCCGAAUGUUUCGCAGUUCGUCGACUGGCUCUCUCGGGUUCCCAUCAAUGUCCCCGGUUUCCUGAAUUCCUACCCACAACCGCCAGAUUUCCCUGAGAAUACUGAUCGCAUUUCCAUCAACCAUACAGUCGGGUGCCUCGAAAGCACUAUGCGGUGUCAUAUUUUGGUCACUGGGAGCUUGUACCUAGUUGGGGCAGCUUUAAAAGCACUGGAUGAACCAGUAUGAUGGAAUCACCCUUCUUCGCAAGCAGCAACGUGUACUUCUGAAUCGAACUGUAUACUCUCCACUAAUUUUUGCAUUGAUUUUCCGCUAUCCUCGCCGUAUUUUGGUACUCUCAUUCUGACGUGUAAGAGAUGUAUAUACACAGC